UGUCUUAUAAAUGUAUUACAGGCACGAACUCGCGCCAACUGCGGUAUUUGAAACUACAACCUGUAUGCUUUUGAACGAAACCAUUGACGUCAUAGGGUCGCGCAUGCGCCCUGGGUAGCGUCGCCAUUAUUCCUCAUCGGUCGCAAAGGGGGGUGGCAUACAUAACGCGGCACGCUGUCACGGCGAGCAGGCGUAUCCCAGUUCGAGCCAGCAGCCAAACAACGCGGGAAAACGACCCGAUCGCAAUGGCUACUUUAUCCACGUUCGUGUUGCUCCUCGUGAGUUCUCACGUGUUCGCGGCCCCGGCACACACAGGACAUGAUGGAUUGGAUGCGAAAUCGGAUCUACCAGUGGAACAACUUGAAAAACUCAAAGUUGCUGAAUCAGGCAAGGAUGGCGAAAUGAAAAGCGAACAUGUGGAGUAUCACAGAUUGGACGCAGUACAAGCAAACGGCGAACUAAUAUCUCGAUUGGAACAACACGCGUCAGCUGAUGCAGUGGACGGCGAGAAGCCGAGCGUCCACGCUCAAGCACAGUUAGACGUACCGUCCGAGGACGUCCAUCGCGUCCUAGUACAAGAUGGCAGCCACAUAAGCAUUCACGACGCGACUGUACCAACCACAGCGGCAAUUGAUGAGCAGACAACUAAGGUGUUUCACGGUGCCGCGCGCCUAGUACAACCAGGUCAAGCCACAAACAACCCGACAGGCCACACCGCUGUGCGACGAGCCUUCAACGCUGACAUCACCAAGGAAACUAAGAAUAACAUGGACCAUUACGCAGCAUACAGUGGUGUUCAGUAUUCUCCUUUGGAUAUGGCAGAGUACGUCUUCUGGACAGGUGACGAGCGAGGAGUGACAACUGCAGUUGAAACUUUCCUUCAAGAGGGGAUGAUGUCUAAGGAAGAAGCGAUCGCUUUCCUUCAAGAGAUUAAGUUUAAUAUUGACUAUCUGCGAGCACAUUACUCACAGAACAUGAAGGCGGCUGAAGAAAGUGCACAGCAGGAGAAACUUAGGAACUUACUUAUUGAACAGGCCAAGGCUAAGGAUUAUCAGUACCGCAGCCCAGCUCUCCAGUCCUUCCCCUUCGGUAACAGUCCCGACAUCAUCCGCACGAUUGCCGCUAAAAACUGGGACCUUAGCAACAACCUAUCCCCUGUACCAAUGCUGCCAGUAUCCAGCGACCUGCGUCAGGAGCCCGUCAAGAGGACCUACGAUCCUAUGUUCCAGGCCAACGUCCUUAGUGCCCAAGACUACGAUCGUGAUGGCCAGUCAUUUGUAGACGAGGAAUAUGAAGAGAUGAUGGAGAAACUUAAGCCAACUAAUGUACCGUACAAUGAAUACACUCUUGAAGAAAUAAUUUACCAACUGGCUAAGAUGAUGUUCUCUCAGUCCCUGUCUCGAGAUCCAGCCUCAGCACGCGCGGCCACGCGGCGAUUCAUGGCCUUCCUAGAAAUGCAAGCCGAGAGGGGACAACUGUCGCGCACUAUUGAGAAGAAAGUACUGGAUUUAAUGAUUGCGGCGCUCACGGACACCAUUACCGACCAUCCGGAGCUGCUGCAGCCGCGUGACGCCAUCGCCGCCAACCCCGCUAAUAGUCUUAUGGGGCAAUACUACGACGCCAGCGGAUCUCCACAGAGCAUGUCCCGAGCUCUGCUUUUAGUUUACAAGGACGAGCUUCUAAAAGGACAAUCGCUACGUCCAUUGGAUUUUCCAGCGAGAAAGUAAAUUUAUAGAUAUGUGUGUAUAUGUAACUCCAAAGAUAUGGCAUACGUUAUUCAAUACUAAAUUGGCAUUUGGCACUACAGUCUCCAGGCACUUUUGGUUUAUAGACAGUGUUAAAACUUAUUAAAUGAAGUAUGUGUAUACAACAUGAGUAUAAGUAACAUUUUCUGUCAUAUCUGAGGAGUUAUAAAAUAAUAUGGUAUCUAUAACUUAUCUAUUAGUCUAGAAGUAUUUCUUUGUUAUAUCUCAUACUUACUAUUCUUCCAUAUUCUAUUCAACUUUUCUAAAGUAUACAUAAAAUAAUCAAUACAUUAUUACCUGAAGCAAAUUAAUCAACUACUUGUUUGAUCUCUUAUCCAUAUAAAUUACUAUUGUUUAAAUUAGUAGAUAUUAUUAGCUACAUAAUUGUAAGGUAGGCGAGUAUUUAUGUUGAAUGUAAGUAACUUUAUGUGAAUCCAACCCCUACAUUUUAAUCUCUAUAAGGCUAACUAAAAGUUAACCAGGGGGCCUACUGCCAUCCAAAGUUGCUUGUUGCAGCUGUGGAAGCGAGAGGGCACUACACGACGUAGAGUAGUAUCUCUAUCUCUUUCCCACGAUUGUGACGUCUUCCUUUACAAGGUGAUUGUAGGCCCCCAGAAUGUACUAGGUAAUAAUGGUCAUUUAAUGUCUUGUAAUAUAGGAGGCCUAGUGCGUAGACCAACUGAUGACGAUGAUGCCAACAUUUUCAUUUGAAAAUUCAGUCUAAAAGACUAGGUGGAGUCUGUGUCAAUUUUAUUGGUUUAUCCUACCUUAUAGGUAAUGCCAUAUUACACAAAUGUUUUCAGCAAUGUUUAAAAUAAUGCACAGGUAACUAAGUCUUGCAAUUUUUGGCGAAUUAGAUUGACACAGAUUUAUAAUUGAAGUUUUUUCGAAAUAAUCGAAAGUCCUUUAUUGUAUACCGCAAGAGACUUAUUACAGUAUCAUAAUGUAAAACAUCAAUUUGAUUAUAAAACCUGUGUAAAGGUAAAAUUGAUCGUUAGCUUUGCGUGUAAGACAUUCUUAUUUAGCUUUGUUUAAUAACGUAGAUAAAACGUAAGUGCUAAAUGUAAGAUAAUAUUGAAAUAUAUUUAGUAGUUAGUAUAAUCCCUCAUAUUUUUCUACCAAACGUUCUUAACCCUUUGACCGCCAUUUACGCACAAACUACCUAUGUGAAUGAGAUAUAGUAACUCACUCUCAACGAGUCCUUCGACCCUUCACACUCCCCAAUGAUACUAAACAUUUUGUGAAAAGUUUGGCAUCAUUUCGUUCUCUGGUCUCGUAUUCUGAUGAAUACACUCCAAAAAUGAUAGUCAGGAUUUUUUUCUACUCACGUCCAUGGCGGUGUAAAGGGUUAAUUAAAUGUGCAAUUUUGUGUUAACAUAGAAAAACGAGCUUAAAGGAAAUCAUCGCCAAACAACUAUCCUAAGCAUAUCACUACAAAAAACAUAUCUGAAAAUAUACGAUUCUUAAAUAAAACAAAGUUCAUGAAAUAAAGCCAAAAACAAACGAAAUCAUUAAUUAAAAAUUACAUCCAAAACACAUGCCAUGUUAAGCUCAAUUCUUGUCAUAACUGUCGAUUAGCACGAUCCAUUUGGACUUUGAGUACAAGAGCGUCAAGAGCAUCAAUUUUAUUUUCUGAUUGAUUUCGUUCAGAAUUUUAAUACAUAUAUAUCUAAAUAUAAAACGUAGUAGAAGGUCAUGAGUAGAGUAUCGUGAAAUUAUUAUCAAAUCAAAAACGUAAUCAUAAAGUGAUAUCACGUUCGUGAAAAUAAUGAGACUGUAUAUCUUUUUUUCUCUUUUGUUGUAGUUAGCUAAAGAGAAAUGACACAAAAUUGCACAUUGCAUACAACUUUAACUAUUCAAUCGCAUACCAAAUUCCUGCUAUUGGUAUAACUGUAUUAAAACGUUAGAAACAUAACAUUCUAUUUAAAAUUACAGAAAAAAAAAACAUGUUUAAUCUAAGACAAACACAUAUUCAGCAUUGUCAGUAAUGCUAUGUUAGAGUUAGCAAAAUUUAUUAUAUUUAUAUUAUUCUUUGAAAUAUAUUGUGGAUUUAAUAAAAAAUGUUUUCAUGUC